AUAUAGAUUUAUAUACCCCUUCAGAAGAACCUGCUUUCCUUCUCUUAGACUCCAACAAUGGAAGACCACCGUGAGCAGAAACUUUUUGCCAUAAUAAACCCUAAUAAUGAGACCAAGAACACUACUCCUACAAAUCCUGGUUUGUCGUCCACCAAUGACGCUACUCCAUGCCGUGGAACUAUCAUCAACAAUGAUGAUGACAAUGGUUCUGAUGCUUUCGUUGGAACUGUGACUAACAAUUCUCAAAUUGUUCCUGUUCAUCAUGAGGAUGAUUCUUAUUAUUUCAAUUCCUUUCCUCCUGGAUAUAAGUUCAAACCCUUUGACCGAGAGCUGGUUGUCUUUUACCUUCAGAAAAAGAUCUUGCAUGAACCAUUGCCACCUAAUAGGAUCAGGGAAGUUAUUCUGUACAACUAUAAUCCUGAGGAACUUGCAGCUAAAUAUCUUCCAAAUGAAGACAAGGAAUGGUACUUCUUUACUCCAAGGAAUCGCAAGUAUCCAAAUGGAGAUAGGCCGGAUCGAGCUGCUGGAAAAGGAUAUUGGAAGGCAACUGGAGCUGACAAAUCCAUUAAGUUUCAUGGAACUGAAGUUGGAUUUAAAAAGUCUUUAGUAUUCUAUAAAGGGAAACCUCCAAGGGGUGACAAAACUGACUGGAUUAUGCAUGAGUUUAGAGUAAAUGGUCCUCCUAGAAGUAAAGGAGCCGGAGACAUGAAGCUUGAUGAUUAUGUUCUAUGUAGAAUUUACAAGAAGUUUGAUAGAACUAAAGUUUCAACUGGCUCCCAAGCUCAGACAACAAAAAUGGUGAAUCGUCCUGAAAUAGGGAACUAUCUGUUUCCAGCAGGUGCAUUUCCCUAUUCUUAUUGCCAUUAUCAACAUUGUCAGUCUAAUGGAGCUCCGGAAUACUAUGAACCACCACCAUUCGAUCAUUCAUUGCUGGAACCUCCAAUGUCAUUUAGUACAAUGCCUUUUCCAGAUGAAACUCUGGGUGGAUUCACUAACUUGGAUCCAUUACAAUUACCCUUUGACCCUAAUGGCAACAGUGACAAGUGACUAGCAGCAUCAAUGACUAGUAGGGAUAAUGAUAAAAAUGGUCACUUUACAAAUGAAAAAGUGACAGGUGGUAAGUCUAUUGGUCAUUUAUAUUAUUAUCCUAGGGACUAGUUUACUGCUUUAGCUUUUACCUACAUUAUUUUGCUUUAUCUUCGGUUAGGUUACAUUUUCUUUGGUUGCCUCCUAUGCGUUUAUGGAUUUCUUAAUUGGUUUUUGUUAUUAUA